AGGGAGGCCUGGCUGCGUUCCGCCUGCGCUGCGCUCCGCGGGGCUCCGUGUGGGAAGAGCGGCGGUUGUGGCGGCUGUGUGAGCGCCCUGCUCGCAGCCAUGUGUCCGGCGAAGAAACCGCUGCAGAUCCAAGAGGCGUUCCAGCUGGCCCAGAAACCUCACCAGAACCCCGCGAAGCUCGUUGUGGCUUUGAAGAGCACCUACAGCCAGUUAAAAGAUAAGGAAGACUUUCAUGAGAAGUUCGUUCAUUUCCUGAAGUAUGUCAUGAUCAUCUACAAGCGGGAGCCAGCCGUGGAGCAACUGGUCGAUUUUGUGGCUAAGUUCGUGACUUCGUUUUAUCAAACGGAGAAAGAGGAGGGUAGCGAGGAAGGAGAAGAAGACAAUCUGCUUCUGAAUUAUGUGUUUAACUUUCUGCUUGAGUCUCACGAUGCAAAUAGCCAUGCAGUUAGGUUUCGAACAUGCCAGCUUGUUAAUAAGAUUUUGAGAAACAUGCCAGAGAAUGCUCAGAUUGAUGACGAAUUAUUUGAUAAAAUCAAUGAAGCUAUGCUGAUUAGACUUAAAGAUAAGUUUUCAAAUGUGAGAAUUCAAGCUGUCUUGGCCCUGUCAAGGCUUCAAGAUCCUAAGGAUGAAAAUUGUCCUGUUGUUAAUAUUUACAACAUGUUGCUUGAAAAUGAUUCAAAUUCAGAAGUGAGGCGUGCUGUGCUGUCGUGUAUUGCUCCAUCAGCAAGGACUUUGCCAAAAAUUGUAGGGCGUACUAUGGAUGUGAAGGAAGCUGUCAGAAAGCUAGCAUAUGAGGUUUUGGCAGAAAAAGUUCACCUGAGAGCUCUGUCAAUCGCACAGAGAGUAAAACUGCUGCAACAGGGACUUAAUGACAGAUCUGAUGCUGUUAAGGAAGUAAUGAAGAAGAAAUUGCUUCAAGCUUGGUUACAAUUUACUGAAGGGAAUGUUUUAGAAUUGCUUCAUCGACUGGAUGUAGAAAACUGCCCAGAAGUGGCCGUCCCAGUACUGAAUGCUGUGUUUUCAUUGUCCCCACUUAACGACUGUAUUCAGAACUGCAAGUACCUUGACAACAGAAAACUGAUUCCGUUGGAAAACUUAACAGCUGAGAAUGUGUUGCACUGGAGAUGUCUUUGUGAACAUCUAAAGUCAAAAGGUGAAGAAGGUGAAGACUUGCUGGAACAGAUGUUGCCAGAACCAGCCAUGUAUGCAGAUUACUUAUUAAGUUACAUACAAAAUAUGCCAGUUCUUGGAGAAGAACAAAGAGAAGACUUCGCUUGUUUUGAAAACCUGAUGACAAAAGAAUUUAUAGGCCAGCAACUGAUUCUUAUUAUAGACUGCAUGGACACCAGUGAAGAGGGAGGAAGAAAGCAUCUGUUAGUUCUUUUAAAAAAGAUUCUUAUUCUGCCUGCGACUUCAACAGCUCUUGUACCUCCACUUGUGGAAAGAUUACUCAGGAUCAUUAAGGAUGAUGCCAGAAGGAUUCAAAUUAUUGCAGAAAUUGUCUCAGAGGUUCGUGAGCCAAUUGUUUCUGUUGACCAGCCUGUUGAUGCUGCUGAAAUAAGAAAGCAACAGAUUAAGUUGGCUGAAAUAAAAGUGAAACUUUUUGAAGCAAAAGCAGCUUUGGAAGAGUGCAUUACUCUGCAGGAUUUUAAUAAAGCAUCAGUAUUAAAAGAGAAAAUAACUGAGUUGGAACACACAAAAAAUGAUCUGAUAAAAGAAGCAGAGCAGUGUGAAAUUAAAGAAAUGCGUGUGGAGAAGGAUGAUCCUGAAACACUGUUGAAGUGUCUAUUGAUAUGUCACGAGCUUCUCAAGAUGAUGGCCCUUUCUAAAGGAAUUGAUCCAACCAUUAAUGAAAUAAUAGAAUCUCUGAUACUUCCUGGCGUAACCAAUGUCCAUCCAGCUGUGAGAAACAUGGCAGUUCUGUGCUUGGGUUGCUGUGCCCUUCAGAGCAAAGAAUUUGCUCGACAGCAUCUUGCAUUGUUGUUGCAGGUUUUACAAAUAGACAAUAUAAAGAUAAAGCUCAGUGCUUUAAAGGCAGUCUUUGAUCAGUUGAUGCUGUUUGGGAUUGAGCCAUUCAAAGCUAGAAGAGACAGUGAGCCUCAAAGUGAAGACGUGCAUGUUGGAAAUGGAAGUUGUGAGGAAGAAGGCGAAACAACAGAGAAGAAAGAAGAGAGUGCUACAAUUCACAGCUUCCUGCAGCUUCUUUAUGGUUUCUUAGACAGUGAGUUUUCAGAACUCAGAACAGAAGCUGCAGAAGGCAUAGCCAAACUGAUGUUUUCUGGGAGGCUGACAAGUGCCAAACUUCUUUCGCGUCUUGUUUUAUUGUGGUAUAAUCCUGUGACUGAAGAGGACACUCAACUUAGACAUUGUCUGGGAGUUUUCUUCCCUUUAUAUGCUUAUGCAAAUAGAUCCAACCAGGAAUGCUUUGAGGAAGCCUAUCUUCCAACUCUGCAAACACUGUUAAAUGCUCCUGCAACUUCACCCUUGGCUGAAAUAGAUAUCAGUAAUGUUUCCGAGCUGUUGGUGGAUCUGACCAGACCGAGUGGACUGAGACCUCAGGCCAAGAAGUCUCAAGAGUAUCAGGACUUAACAGUGCAUGAUAAUUUAGCACUGAAAAUCUGCAAUGAGAUCCUGAUGGACCCAACUGUGCCUGAUGUUCGUAUUUAUGCGAGAGCGUUAAGUUUGUUGGAAAUCAGUAGUUCUUCCACAGAGACUCUUCUGCUUUUGCUUGAUGAGAUUCUAGAGAAAGUGAAAGAUAAAUUGUGUCAAAGAGCUAUUGAGAGGAUCAAGAAGAACUUGACCAAAAGUACAAAUGUGAGCAGAGAUCAGUCUGGAGGCACGGAGGAAAGGGGAGUCUCUGCAAACACACAGGAAAAUGGCAAGACAUUAUCUGCAAAUACUAUUCAAAAUGAAGAAGAAAAUACUGAGGAUGUUCUUCAUACUCCAGUUACUGAAGUGAAAAGUAAAGAAACUGCAAAACUGAAAUCCACGAGAAACAAAACUGGCAGAGGGCAAAGAAAAGCAGCAGUGGGAACAAGAUCUGUGAGCAGAAGGAAAACUGGCACAGCUGUGAGAUCUGGUAGUGAAAGUGAUGAUGAAAUGCCAGAAUCAGUCCCAGUGCCAAGUUCAAGGCCUUCGAGACGAGCAAAAACUGCAGCACUUGAAAAAACAAGAAUGAAUCUUUCAACCCUUUUGCGUGCGGAAGCUGAUGAAUAAAGACAAACUGAGAGGAAAUGUCCCCUGCUAAUGCUACUUAUUAACAGCAGGCUUGAAAAAUUAAGGUUUCUCUUGUUGUUAGUGUCAUUUAAUUUUUUUCAGGAUUGGAUCAUUUAUAGCUCCGUAUUUUUCUAGGAACUUUUGAUUAACUUCCCCUUAUGAAGUACAUCAUUGAUGUAAUAAAAACACUUUAAAAUAUUA